UCUCUUUGCUUAAUUUUUUUUAUCAUGUCCAUUAAACUAGAUCUCUUAAUCUAGUUUUCCUUGCAUUUAAGCAUUCUACCAUGAAAUAGUAGAUAGUACUAGAGUGACAACUUCUAGAGAGGCUAAAAGAAGCAUAACUAGUAAGCAGAGGUGUUAGAUUGGUUAUGGGCAAAUGCAUAACUAAUGUGACCUUGAACUUGUAAUUGUCAAGUUGUCCAGUCUGUCUAAGUCAUUGGUAUAUAAGAUGCCCUCUACUUGUAUGUAAUUAGUGCUGCUGGUUAUAUUUGCAAUACUAGAAGGGGACCACGAUCAUCACUUUCCAUGUGCAUCUAGCCUUCUAUUUUUUUAGUCAAUGGUUGUCAUGAGAUUUUAUUUCAUGGAUCUCUUGGAAUUUCUUUUGAUGUGAAAGAAUGAAGAUAGUUAGUCAUUUGACUUCUUACUUCCUGCAGUAUUUGUUUUCUUAUCUCAUUACUUAUGUUUAUUGUAAGGUUAAUGGGGGACGAGAAGGCCGGCCAAUUGCUGCUUACGAACUAGCAAAAGCAGUUGAAGAGCUUGGCGCUGGUGAUAUACUACUUAAUUGCAUUGAUUGCGAUGGUCAAUAUAAUUCUGUAUCCUUUAACUAUAUUUCACUAUAUUUUCUCUUCAUUAAAAGCAGUUUGGUUUUUUCUUUGAACACUACGCCAAAUGACAUUGUGUAAUUCAUGUAAUUGACCUCACUUAGUGGGAUAAGGCUUUUGUCAUUUGCUUGUAAGAGUAGUUUUUUUAAAUUAAUUUUAAAAAUUGUUUAUUAUUUUCAAAAUUUUGAAUGUUGUCUGGACCAUUUUCAUCAUCAAUGAAUUUUUUAAAAUAAAAUGACUUUCUUAUUUGCAAUAUAUGGACACUAAAGGUGGAUAAAAAUGACUUUCUCUUUUCUUGAACACUUUUCAAAGGUGUCAUGACUCAUUACUAGUCCAGUCUUCCCAAUUGAGGGGGAGUAAAAUAAGAUAUAUGUCCUCUACCUUGACCCUCAACUUGUUAUGGGGAUUAAUUAUCACUAUGGGUCAAGGAAAAGGAUUUGAUGAAGAUUUGAUUAAGUUGAUAUCAGAUGCUGUAAGUAUCCCUGUUAUCGCAAGUAGCGGUGCUGGUGCUCCUCAACACUUCUCUGAGGUGUUCUAUAAAACAAAUGCAUCAGCAGCACUUGCUGCCGGCAUCUUUCACAAGGAAGAGGUGCCUAUUCAGUCGGUAAAAGAGCAUUUGUUGAAGGAAGGCAUAGAAGUUGGAAUUUGAUCAUAAGCAUUUAAGUGGUAAAAUUUUGAGAUGCACUUCAUAAUAAGCAGCACUAUCACUCUGACCAUUUGUUAGUACAAAAUUGUUUCAUGUGUCUCCUGUAUGGUAUAGUGUGUGAUGUUUCUCGUGGGUUUGAUAUUGGUUAUGGUUAUUGGUUAUGCAUAUAUUUAAGAUGACGGGACUGUAGUGAAGAUAUUUUUAAGGAUAAAUGUCCAAUUUUGUCUUUGAAAAUAAUAAAAUUAUUGUAC